AUGGCGGACAUCCAGGAAAAGCCCCAGCCGACCAACGAGGAAGCUACUUCCUCGCCGGAGAUCGAGGAGCACAUGAGCGUUAUGCAAUACGUGAUGACUCGAAUUCCGACUCUGGUGCCGCCCAUGAAUCCAGCCCCGAACCCCAUCAAGGCACUCGCUCUGCUGAACAGACAACAGUGGCUUUUCUUCUCGGUAGCCUUCAUCGCGUGGUCUUGGGAUGCCUUCGACUUCUUUUGCGUGUCAUUGACUACGACAGAUCUGGCAAAAACCUUCGACACAUCGGUCACCCAAAUCACCUGGGGCAUCACCCUGGUGCUCAUGCUGCGGUCCGUAGGCGCCAUCACCUUCGGUAUCGCGGCCGAUCGCUGGGGUCGCAGAUGGCCGUUUGUCGUCAACCUGGUCCUGUUCAUCGUCCUCGAACUGGGUGCCGGCUUCUGCCAGACCUAUCGCCAGUUCCUGGCCUGCCGUGCCCUGUUCGGGAUUGCUAUGGGCGGUCUCUACGGGAACGCCGCCGCCACUGCGCUCGAGGACUGUCCUCCCGAGGCCCGUGGCAUUGUCUCCGGUCUGCUGCAGCAGGGCUACGCGUUUGGCUACUUGCUUGCUACGGCCUUUGCGCGUGGGCUGGUCAAUACCACCUCGCAUGGCUGGCGCCCUCUGUACUGGUUCUCGGCGGCCCCACCCGUUCUGAUUAUUGCUUUCCGUCUGUGUCUGCCGGAGACCAAUACAUUUAUUAAGCGACAGGCGAUGCGGGAGCGAGUAAGCGGUGGUGUGGCCAAGUCUUUCGUGGAGGAAGGCAAGGUCGCGUUCAAGCGUCACUGGCUGCUGUUGGUCUACAUGGUGCUGCUGAUGGCGGGCUUUAACUUUAUGUCGCACGGGUCGCAAGAUCUCUACCCGACCAUGCUGGAAGCCCAGUUCAGUUUCUCCUCCAAUGCCGUCACCGUCACUCAAGUGGUCGCCAACCUCGGCGCGCUGACCGGCGGCACGCUCUGUGGCUGGGCUAGUCAGAUCUUCGGCCGGCGCUUUUCGAUCAUCGUGAUCUCCAUCGUCGGCGGCGCGCUGUUGUACCCAUACACGUUUGUGGAGAACCACUCGGUGAUGGCUGCCGCCUUCUUCGAGCAGUUCAUGGUGCAGGGUGCCUGGGGUGUGAUCCCCAUCCACUUGAUGGAGCUGUCCCCGGGUCCCAUCCGCACCUUUGUCGUCGGAACCGCGUACCAGAUGGGUAAUUUAGUGUCGUCGGCGAGUUCGACGAUCGAAUCGACGAUUGGCGAGCGUUUCCCGCUGCCUCCGACCAAGGACGAGGCCCAUCGCUACGAUUACGGCAAGGUCAUUUGUAUUUUCAUGGGCUGUGUCUUUGCGUACACGAUUCUUAUUACCUUGGCCGGUCCCGAGCGUCUCGGCCGGGAGUUUGACGCUGAGCAUGAUUCGGAUUUGGCGGAGGUUGCGGCCCAUCGUGGCUUGGAGCACCCUGUCGACGAUGCUAGUGACCCCGAGAAGGGGCUUGCUAAGCAGCAGGAGUAG